AUGAAACUAGUUUGUAAUGUUGAGGUUAACCAUCGAGGAUUAUUGGCGGGAUCAAAUGUAACACGUAAAAAAUCACAACAAUCUUGUCUGUCAAUUGGUAAACAAUGUAAAAAAGAUGAAUUGUUUAUAUUUUUGCAAUCUAAGCCUCACAGUGGUAACCAGAUAAUUAAUAAAUAUAAGAUUGACGAUAACAUCGAAAAUAUUUUUACAAAAUUUAUAAACGACGGUAAAAGUACAAUUAGAUUUAAAGAACCUCCCGUUGAUCUGAACAUCAAGAGCAACGACGCACUUCAAUUGAAGAGUUUUCUGAAAGCUUUGCAGCUGGGCUUUAAUAAAAAAUUAAGCGAUGAUACCGUGGUAAAAUUGAAGGAUUUGAACUCCAAGACCAACAGUUUUCCUGUUUCGACUGCCAAGAAAAAGGUAUUUGUUAGAUCUAAGGCUGAGUACCCGGUGCUCGAGGGAUUUCCAAGGACAACUGAAGAGCUCCAUGUUUCUGGACUCGGGAGAAAAUCUUUCGACCGUCAAAUGCUGCGUCUACAGAGUCUGAGAAUUUUAAAUUUAUCCAACAACGCGAUUUCCUCUGUGCCUAAAGAACUAGGAAACGUUUUUGCUUGUUUGACAGAACUGAAUUUAGCAUCGAAUCUUUUGGGAGAGACUCCUGGUGUUGUCAACAAUUAUCAAAGUAUUAAAAACAAAUGGUUGUGGUUAAAUGGGACCAGUAUUACUAAAACUCUACGGUUGCUGGAUUUAAGCGAUAAUAAUCAAGUGGGUAAAUUAAAAGGCCUGGUUACUCUCAACGUAUCGUCCAACAAACUAGAAACAUUGCCAGAAAGUAUUGGAGUGCUACCUCGUCUAAAGUAUCUAGAUUUAUCAAUGAAUAAUUUAAAAAGUCUACCAGGAAGCUUCAGAAAUCUACAAUUAGACACUCUUAACGUCACCAAAUGUUUUUCACCAAUCCCACAGCCUGAGUCUACAGAAGAGACGACGUACAUAAUGAGUCUGAAGGAACUAGCAGCUCGCGUGGUUGUUAAUAAACAAAUUUACUAUGACGCGUCGAUAGUUCCAGCGACUCUGGUAGAUUAUAUGGACAAUGCUCAUUACUGCAGCAUGUGUGGAAGCAGUUGCUUCGAAGAAGUUAUUCGUAAAUACACUCUGAAGAACCUGAGGUCCAUUGCUCACGCAAUAACUUCCGACGUACAUAUUGCAACAGCUGAUACUCUUUUUAAUUGUAUUUUAUGUUCUUUUAGAUGUAGUUAUAUUUUCAAAAAAAGAGGACUUUGA